AUGGCGCCUGGACGCUCCACACUUUACGCCGGAGCCGCUCCGUCCGCUGCACGCUGCGCGCACUGCCGUUUUUAACCUUUUUAAUCACUAAAUUACUUUUUCUGGCGUCACACUUUGAAGACACUUUUUAAAAAAGAUAUUUAAUAAUAAUAAAAACAUAAUCAGUCCAGCUUGCUCAGGUUUUCUGACGGCCAGGCGGACCAGAGGUGAAAUUACACCUCCAAGUUUUUCCAUCAACUUAUCCAGCCAGAGGGGGGGAAGAAGACCGCCACCAUGGCAGAGACGUCGGCCGCUCCAGCCAAAGCCAAGCGGGCGUCCAAACCCAAGAAGCCCGCCUCGCAUCCCAAGUACUCGGACAUGAUUAAAGCGGCCAUCGUCCACGACGCGAGCCGGACCGGAGCGUCCCGUCAGUCCAUCCAGAAGUACGUGAGGAAGAACUACAAAGUGGGCGACAACGCCGACGUCCAGAUCAAGAUGGCCCUGAAGCGGCUGGUGGCGUCCGGCAUGCUGCGCCACACCAAAGGCAUCGGCGCGUCCGGCUCCUUCAGGCUCACCAAGCCGGAGGACACCAAGAAGACCCCCGCCAAGGCUGCGUCCGCCGCCAAGCCCAGGAAGGUGGCCAAGCCCAAACCCAAGAAGGCGGCCAAGCCCAAGAAGGUGACCAAGACGCCCGAGAAGCCCAAGAAGGCGGCCGCCAAGAAGGUGAAGAAGGUCGCCAAGAAGGCGACCCCCGUGAAAGCCAAGAAGGCGCCGGCCAAGAAGCCCAAGGCGGCCAAGCCCAAAGCCAAGCCCGUGAAGAAGGCGGCCAAGCCCAAGGCCAAGGCCCCUAGGAAGGCGGCGAAGAGCGCAAAAAAGAAGUGAAGGGACUCUCAGACAAACUCACUGUAAAUACCGGAGGAUUUUGUUUUUGUUUUUUUUCCUAUAUGUAUUAUUUUUGUAAAAUAUCCUGCAGAAAUCUGCUGUUUAUACCUGUAGUUGUUUUGUUUUUCUUCCAUCCAUUGCAACGUUUAGUCUGUAAAACUAAUCCUGAACAUUUUCAUCCCGUUAAAGUUUGAGUCUGACCUUUGACCCUCUUCCACACAUGUAAAUAUGAGACAGUUGCUGUCCUCGCCGUGGAGGGAGAACACCAGCGUCAUUUCUCCUGAUCCCACUCAGGUUCUCCUUCUGACGGGGUUCCACACUUUUUACGACUAUUUGCAAUGUGUGUCAAUAAAAACGGUUUCAACUUAGUGUCCUGAUUUUA